AUGCCGAAGCAACACAUGAUAUUUGGGCGGCCGCUCCCCCGCAUCGGCACAAGACGCAUCUCCUUCCUCCUCGUCAGCAUCUCCAUCUUUGCCGUCUUCUCCCUCAUCUUCACCCUCCCGAGCGCCAUCCCCGCUGGCCCGAGCCUAUCGAAGUACACCGACCACAAGUUCUCGAUACCCUCAGCCUUGAAGAACCCAUUCGGCGCCUCGAGCCGAUUGAACCCCUUCAAGUCCCCCUCACACCCACCCCCGCGUCAACAGAAUGAUACCUACGGCGAGUCCUCCUGGUGGGCGGACUGGAAGUGGCUCUCUGUGCCCUUUUCUUCCUCAUUGACCCUCGACGAGGAGCGUUCCCUGCUACCUCCCCUCAAGCCUCGCCCGGCCAUCUAUUGCUACUACGAUACCACCAUCAAGAAGGACGCCGCAAGCAAGGAUGCCGAGAGCGAGCUCCUCCUCCUCUGGCGCCGCGCUUGGUGGGCCCGCGGCUUCAAGCCCAUCAUCCUCAGUGCCGCUGAGGCUAUGAAGAACCCGCUCUACGACGAGCUUCAGCGCAAGGAGAUGGACGCCGAACUCAAGACCGACAUGAUGCGCUGGCUGGCCUGGGAUAAUAUGCGCGGUGGCUUGCUCGCCUACCACACCACCCUGCCCAUGGGCUCCCACGAGGAUCCCCUCCUCUCAUACCUUCGCCGUGGCGAGUACCCAGAGCUCACCCGCUGGAACAACUUGAACAACGGUCUCUUUGCCGGCGGAGAGAAGGAGGUUACAAACGCCAUCAAGGCUACCAUGGCCAGCUCCAAGCUCAAGGAGGCCAAGGACUUCAUCGCUGCUGCCACCGAGGACACCUUCAAGAUUGACAACUACCCCAAGGCGAUCGCCUACUACGACGUAGCUGUCAUCCAGGACAAGUACCCCAAGGUCGGCGAGGCUAUCGCCGCAGAUCGUGCCGGUGGUCUCAAGGCCCUCAAGAACCUCAUCAACGGCCACCUGCACACGACCUGGCAGAACGUCUUCUCAGACGGCAUCGCCGUCCUCAAGCCUCUGCCUCAACACAUGACGAAUCUGAUCAAGAACGCCUGGGACCUCGCCGGCGACCUCUCCAUGUGCCCCGACUCCCCCAUGCCCUCCUCCUGCCCGCCCAACAACCCCAAGUGCAAGCCCUGCGUCCCCGCGCAGCCCAUGCACGUCUCGACCCCUCCCCGCUACCGCAACACCUCGACCCUCUACACCAUCGGCACCGUGCCGCACCCCUACACCACCGCCCUCCUCGCCAACCUCCAGGAUACGAUCGAGAUCCCCUGGCUCCGCCGCAAAUCCGAGCGCGACGCCUGGCUCGGCGCCGUGACCACGGAGCUCCUCGGCGUCGGCAUCGGCAGCGCCCCGCGCGUCCUCAAGUUCAAGGAGGCCGUCGCCGGCGAGUUCGCAACCGCCCACUCUCUCUGGCUCACGGCCGAAAAGGACCUCCCCAAGGACCUCGACUGGCACUUUGGCUUCGCCAUCCCCCACAACGCCACUGACGGCACAUCGCAGACCCCCGUCCCCGGUCCCGAGCGCCGCCCGCAGCCCAAGCACGACCCCGCUGACGGGCCCAUCCCGACCGCCGAGGAGCUCGACAAGGAGAAGCCUCUGCUCAAGAGGGCCCGCGACAUGGGCAAGACCAAGGACGCGCGCGAGCUUUCGAUCCGCGGGGCCGUCGAGGCGUGGAACCUGGCUGAUACCGAGUCGUGGAAGUUUGCGCGUGCGUUCCUGGCUCGUCGUAUCGUCGAGCGCAAGGAGUGGGAGGAGAACGAAAGCCAGUACGUCGGCGGCGUCGGUACUGAGAAGGGUCGCCGUACGAGCUGGGGUGAUCGCUGGAUGGAUAAGGAUAAGAAGCAGUAG